GCGCUCAUGCUCGCUGCGGGGGUCGGAGGUCAGGGCGAGUGUCUCGCGGGCCGUAAGAGGAAGAUGGCGGUGGAAUCGCGCGUUACCCAGGAGGAAAUUAAGAAGGAACCGGAGAAGCCCAUCGACCGCGAGAAGACAUGCCCGCUGCUGCUGCGUGUCUUCACCACCAAUAACGGCCGCCACCACCGAAUGGACGAGUUCUCCCGCGGAAACGUGCCGUCUAGCGAGCUGCAGAUCUACACCUGGAUGGAUGCAACCUUGAAAGAACUGACUAGUUUAGUAAAAGAAGUCUACCCAGAAGCCAGAAAGAAGGGCACACACUUCAAUUUUGCAAUUGUUUUUACGGAUCUUAAAAGACCUGGCUAUCGAGUUAAGGAGAUUGGCAGCACCAUGUCUGGGAGAAAGGGGACUGAUGAUUCCAUGACGCUACAGUCGCAGAAGUUCCAAAUAGGAGAUUAUUUGGACAUAGCAAUUACCCCUCCAAAUCGGGCACCACCUCCUUCAGGGCGCAUGAGGCCAUAUUAAAUUCUAUUUACUGUUUCUUGAAUUUAUUUUUCCGUCAGUUGUGUAAAAUAAACUCACGUACUCUU